AUGUUCUGUUGUAUCCUGGCGCAGAGGGCAUCAGUAGGCAACGGGCAUCCGCCACCAUUCCUACAGCACAACGACACUCGAUGCAAGAAUAUCGUCAAAGACACUCUUGCGCCCGAACUUAUGACUCUGUUCGAGCUCCAGAAGUUCUCAAACCGACUACAUACAGCUAUGACAGCGCAGAUAUUGUCAAAUGACGGGGUUCCUGAAACAGUCGUCAAGACGUGGGAAGAUGAGUUUGAGCUUCUAAGACCACUUGUCAUCCAUGUUGAUACAGACUGCUCUCGACUUAUAAUCCUCAUCGCUCAGCUCGAAGUGCAGGCCUACUACUACCUCUCACUUCCCGACCAACGUCCCAACUUCACCAUCAAUACUCUCCGUGCCUACAACACCUCACAAAAUCUCGUAAACACAGCCCUCACUCUUGAGUCAACAUCCAGACUCUUGACUCACAACACCCACUGGAUCUACCGCGCUGUUAUGGAUGCCUGCUGCAUUCUUAUGUCCACACUACACUCCAAAGCUAGCCCCCCGCAUAUUUCAGCUUCAGACGCCGAUGCAGUCGUGGCACAGAUCCUGAUAGUGCUUCGAACCUGCUCAGUGCGCGAUAAUGAUCUUCCAGUGCGUGGAUCUGUUGUCCUUGAGACUUUCUGGUCGGUGAGACACAUACUGCCCAGGUGGGAUGUGCCCGUUGGUGCAUGGCCUGAUCGCAUUGGAGCUGCAACAUCGUACUGGUGUCUCGCACAGUUCAAACAGGCCUUACAAGAAGUAAAAAACAGCACAGAUGGUGCGCAGAAAGGCAUUGACGUUUACGAAGCUAAUCUUUCGAACGCCAACAAAAGUAAUGGUGAGGGUAUCGUCACAAAUCCAGACAUCAACAAUGGUCAGGAUCAGACUAUAGACAACUCUAUUGAUCCACUUCAAGGAGUCGACUGGUCCAUGAUCAUUGACGAUUUUGGGUGGAUCGGAGAGGGCCCUGUCUUCCUAGGCCCAGCAUAA